CCGAGGUGGAACCUGCGCCCCGCAUCUCGCCAGUUUGGGGACCUCGGGAGGAACUGGUGUAGCCCGGGGGGGAAGGCUGCGAGAUCCCAGCCGCCGCUGAGCCGCAACUUUCCGCGCUGGACUCGGCGGCGAUCCGAGCUUCGCCUCGUCCUAGCAGGCUCGGCUCACGGGGGUGGCCGCUCGGCUUGGGGAGCCGGCUGAGCCUCCCUGAGGGUCGCUCUUGGCGGCAUCCUUCUCGGGUGCACUCCCCACCGUCGAACCUCCGCUCCGGGCGGAGCAGCCCGCGUCUCCCCGCUCCCGGUGCCCGCAGCCCUGGGGUUUGGCGAAAAGCAGGUUCUUGGAUGCUGAAAGGCUGGCUUCCUCCUGCGAGAGCGCCGCGGCGGCGAUGGGUGUCCUCAAAGCGUGGCUGGGGGUGGCCCUGGCGCUGGCGGGAUUUGCGCUGUUGCCUCUUUGCGAAGGUGCUUGUCUGUAUCAGGGUUCCUUGCUUGAGGAUGCCACAAUUUGGAAGCCUGAUUCAUGCCAGAACUGUCGUUGCCAUGGUGAUAUCGUGAUCUGCAAACCUGUUGUUUGCAAAAACCCUCGGUGUGCCUUUGAGAAGGGAGAAGUGCUGCAGAUCGCGCCUAAUCAAUGCUGCCCACAGUGUGUGCCAAGGACCCCUGACUUUUGCCACCAUGAGGGAAAAACCCAUGAGCAUGGCACAGAGUGGACCUCAACCCCAUGCAAUGUGUGCUCUUGCACCCACGGAGAGGUGAGAUGCUCCCACCAACAAUGCGCCCCAUUAUCAUGUGGACCACAGGAGCUGGAAUUCCUUGCUGAAGGAAGCUGCUGCCCCAUCUGUGUGGGCACUGGGAAACCCUGCUCUUAUGAUGGCCACGUGUUUCAGGAUGGACAGGACUGGCGACUGGGCCGCUGUGCCAAGUGUGUGUGCAGAAAUGGGCUUACCCAGUGCUUUGCGGCUCAGUGUCAACCUCUGUUUUGUAACCAGGAUGAAGUUAUGGUUCGAGUCCCUGGGAAGUGUUGCCCGAGGUGCUCAGCGCGAUCCUGUUCUGCAGCUGGCCAAGUGUACGAGCACGGUGAACAGUGGAAAGAAGAUGCCUGUACCCUGUGUAUGUGUGACCAGGGAGAGGUCAGGUGUCACAAACAGGCCUGCCCUCCACUGAGAUGCGAAAAGGGUCAGAGCAGAGCUCGGCAUCAUGGGCAGUGCUGUGAGGAAUGCGUGUUUCCUGCCAGAAGCUGUUCCUCUGGUGGGGUGCUGCGGUAUCAGGACGAAAUGUGGAAGGGCUCGGCCUGUGAGUUCUGCACGUGUGACCAGGGCCAAGUGACCUGCCAGACAGGAGAGUGUGCCAAGGUGGCCUGUGCCCUGGGUGAAGAAUUAGUUCACUUAGAGGGAAAAUGCUGCCCAGAAUGCGUUUCAAGGGUUGGUUAUUGUGUUUAUGAACAGAAGUCAGAAAUUAUGUUUUCAAAUGCGAGUGAAAUUAAGCAUAUUGCGGAGGGGGAGAAGUGGGAAGAAGGCCCUUGCAAGGUGUGUGAGUGUCGGGAAGCUCAAGUCACUUGCUAUGAGCCAUCUUGCCUACCAUGUCCAGUGGCCACCCUAGCCCUGGUAGUAAAGGGACAGUGCUGUCCGAACUGUACACCAGUUCAUUGCCACCCAGACUGCUUGACCUGCUCUCACUCUCCAGACCACUGUGACCUCUGCCAGGAUCCCACAAAGCUGCUGCAGAAUGGACGAUGUGUGCCCAGUUGUGGGCUAGGCUUUUAUCAAGCAGGCAGUCUCUGUUUAGCCUGCCAGCCACAGUGUUCCACCUGCCGCAGCGGAUUGGAGUGUUCGUCCUGCCUGCCUCCCCUGCUGAUGCAGCAGGGACAUUGUGUGCCCACCUGUGGGGACGGUUUCUACCAAGAUCGCCACUCCUGCGCAGUCUGUCACGAGUCCUGUGCAGGGUGCUGGGGUCCCACAGAGAAGCACUGUGUGGCCUGCAGAGACCCGCUGCAAGUGCUGAGAGACGGCAGCUGUGAGAACAGCUGCGGCGGUGGCUUCUACAACAAGCAGGGGAUCUGCAUGGCUUGUGACCAGUCCUGUAAGAGCUGUGGCCCCAGUAGUCCCAGAUGUCUUGCCUGUGCCGAGAAGACAGUGUUGCAUGAUGGGAAGUGCAUCUCUGAAUGCCCUGAUGGCUACUAUGCUGAUACUGCUGGAAGAUGCAAAGUUUGUCACAGCUCAUGUGCCAGCUGCUCUGGACCUGCAGCCUUUCACUGUGUAGCCUGUGUACCUCCCCAGGCUCUCCGUCAAGGCCACUGCCUGCCAAGCUGUGGAGAGGGCUUCUACCCUGACCACGGGAUCUGUGAAGCCUGCCAUGCCUCCUGCCACACUUGUGUGGGUCCCAAGGCCUCUCACUGUACCGAGUGUAGGAAGCCGGAGGAAGGACUAUGGGUGGAGCAGCGCUCAGACGCAAAUGUCCCCUAUGGCAAGUGUGUGUCUCAGUGUGGAACCCACUUUUACUUGGAGAGCACUGGAGUGUGUGAAGCUUGCCACCCCUCCUGCCUCAUGUGUACAGGGAAGAGCUCUCACAACUGCACGGGAUGCGGGCCUGCCCUCGUGCUACUGGCCGGGCGCUGCCUGUCUCAGUGUCCAGAGACCCACUUUAAUCUGGAAGGUACUUGCACAGAGUGCCACCCAUCCUGCAGGCAGUGCCAUGGGCCCCUGGAAUCCGACUGUGUGUCGUGUCACCCUCACCUCACUCUCACCAGUGGGCGCUGUAAGACCAGAUGCAAGGAAGAGCAAUUCCUCAACCUUGUUGGGUACUGUGCUGACUGCCAUCCACUGUGCCAGCGCUGUGUGGCUGAUCUCCACCACACUGGUAGUGUCUGCCUGAAGUGCCAGCAUGCCCGCCACCUGCUGCUUGGGGAUCACUGUGUUCCAGACUGCCCUCCCGGGCACUACACAGAGAGAGGCAUGUGUAAAAGAUGCCAUUCCUCCUGCAGAAGCUGCCAGAAGGGAGGACCUUCCUCCUGCACCUCAUGUGACACCGGUCUGGUUCUGACCCACAUUGGUACCUGCAGCACCACCUGCUUCCCUGGGUAUUACCUGGAUGACAACCAAGCUUGCCAGCCAUGCAACACACAUUGCAGAAGCUGUGAUUCACAGGGCAGCUGCACCUCCUGCCGAGACCCAAGCAAGGUGCUGCUCUUCGGGGAAUGCCAGGAUGAGAGCUGCACCCCACAGUACUAUCUUGACAUCUCCACCAAGACUUGCAGAGAGUGUGAUUGGAGUUGCAAUGCCUGCAGUGGGCCUCUUCAUACUGACUGCCUGCAAUGCAUGGAUGGCUACGUUCUCCAGGAUGGUGUGUGCACAGAGCAGUGUUCACCAGGGCACUACCGGGACGCGGGCUCCUGCAAACGCUGCGACAGCCGCUGUCUCCAGUGCCAAGGUCCCCAUGAGUGCAUACGCUGUGAAGAGCCAUUUCUCCUCUUCCAAGCCCAGUGUGUCCAAGAAUGUGGGAAAGGAUACUUUGCAGAUUAUGUGACACACAAGUGCACAGCCUGCCCUCGGGGAUGUUUGCAGUGCAGCCACAAAGAUCGGUGCCGCUUAUGUGAGCACGGCUUCUUCCUGAAGAGCGGCCUCUGCAUGCUCAGCUGUGUCCCUGGUUUCUCUGGCCACUCAUAUAGUGAACCCUGCGCUGACAAAAUGUACACCCCAAGUCUUCACGUGAAUGGCUCCUUGACCCUUGGAAUCGGUUCAAUGAAGCCACUGGACUUCUCUCUCCUGAACAUCCAACACCAGGAAGGCCGAGUGGAAGAUCUGCUUUUCCACGUUGUGAACACGCCCACCAAUGGUCAGCUGCUUCUCUCAAGAAAUGGAAAAGAGGUCCAGCUGGAAAAGGCUGGCCAUUUUAGCUGGAAAGAUGUGAAUGAGAAGAAAGUGCGCUUUGUGCACAGCAAAGAGAAGCUCAGGAAAGGCUACUUUUCCUUGAAAAUUAGCGACCAGCAAUUCUUCUCCGAGCCGCAGCUGAUCAACAUACAAGCGUUUUCAACCCAGGCCCCAUAUGUGCUGAGAAAUGAGGUCCUGCAUGUCAGCAAAGGGGAGCGGGCAGCCAUCACCACCCAGCUGCUUGACAUCCGGGAUGAUGACAACCCACAGGAUGUGGUCGUGAACGUGCUUGAUCCUCCGCUUCAUGGCCAGUUGCUCCAAACACUUCCAACCUCUGCAGCCCCUGUCUAUCAGUUCCAUCUGGAUGAGCUCUCCAGAGGCCUCCUCCUCUAUGCUCACGACGGCUCAGACAGCACCUCGGAUGUUGUAGUGUUGCAGGCCAAUGACGGACACUCCUUCCAAAAUAUACUGUUUCAUGUGAAGAAUGUGCCCAAGAAUGAUGGCGCUCUGCGGCUCGUGACUAACUCUAUGGUGUGGGUUCCCCAAGGGGGGAUGCUGAAGAUCACCAACCGAAUCCUGCAGGCUCAAGCUCCCGGCGUCAGAGCUGACGAUAUCAUCUACAAGAUCACACACGACCACCCCCAGUUCGGGGAGGUGGUCCUCCUGAUGAACCUGCCUGCAGACAGUCCUGCCAGCCCUGCCAGUCCUGCCGAGGAAGGGCAGCACCUGCCUGAUGGAAGAAUGGCAACCCCCACCAGCACCUUCACCCAGCAGGACAUCGACGAAGGCAUAGUGUGGUACAGACACACAGGAGCCUCGGCUCAGAGUGACUCCUUCCAUUUCCAGGUGUCUAGUGCCACCGAGGCCCAGGCCCACCUGGAAAGCCACAUGUUCAACAUUGCAAUCCUACCUCAGGCACCUGAGGCACCUACACUCUCCCUGGGGACAUCUCUCCAUAUGACCGCUCGAGAAGAUGGCCUAACUGUCAUUCAGCCUCAUUCCUUAUCUUUUGUGAAGUCAGGGAGUCCCAGUGGAAAGAUUAUAUACAAUAUCACCUUACCUCUGCACCCAAAUCAAGGUAUCAUUGAGCACAGAGACCAGCCUCGCUCUCCCAUCCAGUAUUUCACUCAGGAAGAUGUUAACCAGGGCCAGAUCAUGUAUCGCCCUCCCGCUGCAGCUCCCCACCUCCAGGAGAUCACGGCCUUCUCAUUUGCUGGUCUCCCAGAAUCAGUGAAAUUUUACUUCACAGUUUCUGAUGGACAGCACACCAGUCCGGAGAUGGCCCUCACCAUUCACUUACUUCACUCUGAUCAGCAACCGCCAGCAUUUCAGCUCAGGGCUCCCCUGCUGGAGGUUAGCCCUGGAGGCCACACCUCUUUAGGCCUGCAGUUGAUAGCGAGAGAUGCUGCGGUGGUGCCAGAAGAGCUCUUCUUUCAGCUUCAGGAGCCUCCCCGGCAUGGCGCGCUCAUCAAGUACACAGCAGGGUCGUCAGGGCCCAUGACUGCAGGUGACACUUUCACAUAUGAUGAAGUUGAGAGAAAUGCUCUACAGUACGUACACGAUGGGUCCUCUGCCUGGGAGGACAGCAUGGAGAUCUCAGUCACAGACGGCCUGACAGUAACCACAUCAGAAGUAAAAGUGGAGGUGUCCCUGUCAGAGAACCGAGGACCUCGACUGGCCCCUGGCUCCUCCCUAAGCAUGACUGUGGCCAGUCAAGACACGGCCAUAAUCACCAGGUCACACCUUGCGUACGUGGAUGAUUCUUCCCCUGACUCAGAGAUCUGGAUUCAGUUAAGUUCUCUGCCCAUGUAUGGUAUGCUCUUAAAGACCUCAGGACCUGAUGAGGAGGAGCUCUCAGAGGAUUUCAAUUUCACCAUGGAGGACAUCAACAACAAGAACAUCAGGUACUCAGCUGUGUUUGAGACGGACGGGCAGCCGGUCACAGAUAGCUUCCGCUUUGCUGUCUCAGACACAGACCACAACCGUGUGGACAAUCAGGUCUUCACUGUCACCAUCACUCCUGGCAAGAGCCCACCGCACAUCAUUGCCUUUGCUGACCUUAUCACGGUUGAUGAGGGAGGGAGAGCACCACUCUCCUUCCACCAUUUUUUUGCUACUGAUGAUCAUGACAACCUUCAGGGUGACGCUGUCAUUAAACUAAGUGCUCUGCCCAAGUAUGGCUGCAUUGAGAACACGGGGACAGGGGAUCGCUUUGGCCCAGGAGCUACCAGUGGCCUAGAGGCGUCAUUCCCAAUUCAAGAUGUCCUGGAAAACUACAUUUUCUACUUCCAGAGUGUUCAUGAAAGCAUUGAGCCAACCCAUGAUGUGUUUAGUUUUUAUGUGAGUGACGGGAGCAGACGCUCUGAAAUCCACAGCAUCAAUAUCACCAUUGAGAGGAAGAAUGAUGAGCCUCCCAGGAUGACCUUGAGGCCCCUGGGAGUACGGCUGAGCUCGGGAGUGGCGAUAAGCAAUUCUUCCCUGAGCCUACAAGAUCUGGACACCCCAGAUAACGAGCUGAUUUUUGUCUUGAUGAAAAAGCCUGACCACGGCCGUCUACUCCGGAGGCCUACUGCCUCUGAGCCUCUCCAGAAUGGGAUAGUUUUAGACCAGGGCUCCUCCUUCACCUACCAGGAUGUCCUAGCCGGGCUGGUCGGGUACUUACCUGGUGACACAGACACGGCAGUAGAUGAGUUCCGGUUCUCGCUCACUGAUGGCCUCCAUGUAGACACAGGGAGGAUGGAGAUCUACAUAGAGCUGCCUACAAGCCACGCCCCCCACCUGGCAAUAAACCGAGGGCUUCGGCUCUCAGCAGGGUCUGUAGCACGCAUCACAGAGCAGCACUUGAAAGCGACAGCUGCUGACUCAGAUGAUGGCCAGGUUAUGUACAUCAUGAAGGAAGACCCUGGCGUAGGGCGUCUGCAGAUGGCGAAGCCUGACAACCUGGAGCAAAUCUCUGCUAGAGGCCGCAUCCGGACUUUCACCCAGGGGGCUAUCAGCCAAGGGCAGAUAGAAUAUAGCCAUGGACCAGGAGAACCUGGUGGGAGCUUUGCUUUUAAAUUUGAUGUGGUUGAUGGAGAAGGCAAUAAGCUGGCUGACCAGUCAUUCUCCAUCAGUGUUUUAGAAGACAAAUCCCCACCAGUCAUCAUCACUAACAAAGGUCUGGUCUUGGAUGAGAACUCAGUGAAGAAAAUCACCACUGCUCAGCUCUCGGCCACUGACCAAGAUAGCAAGCCCACAGAACUGAUCUACAGAAUCACCAACCAGCCCCAGCUGGGCCACCUGGAGCAUGUGGCCUCACCAGGCAUCUGGAUUAGUUCCUUUACUCAAGCUGACCUGACUUCAGGAAGCGUUCAGUACAUCCACUCUAGUGAGACUGGGAAACGGUCAGAUGCCUUCAGCUUCGUGCUGUCCGAUGGCGUGCAUGAGGUGACACAGACCUUCCACAUCACUAUUCACCCUGUGGAUGACUCACUACCCCUUGUGCAGAACCGGGGCAUGCGUGUGCAAGAGGGUGUGCGGAAGGCCAUCACAGAGUUUGAACUGAAGGCAGUGGACGUGGACACAGAGGCUGAGUCCAUUACGUUCACUAUUGUGCAGCCCCCACGUCAUGGCAUCCUGGAGAGAACUUCCAGGGGGCAGCAUAUCCACCUCACCAACUCCUUCACCAUGGAAGACAUCUACCAGAGCCGUGUCAGCUACAGCCACGAUGGCAGCAACUCCCUCAAAGACCGAUUUACCUUCACCGUUUCCGAUGGGACCAACCCUUUCUUUAUCAUUGAGGAAGGAGGAAAAGAGAUCAUGACGGCAGCACCUCAGCAGUUCCACAUGGACAUCCUCCCGGUGGAUGACGGCACCCCUAGAAUUGUCACCAACCUGGGGCUCCAGUGGCUGGAGUAUAUGGAUGGCAAGGCAACCAACCUGAUCACCAAGAAAGAACUGCUGACCAUGGACCCAGACACAGAGGACUCGCAGCUUGUCUAUGAGAUCACCGCGAGGCCCAUGCACGGCUACGUGGAGAACAAGCUGCAGCCAGGCAGGGCUGCGGCCACCUUCACCCAGGAGGAUGUGAACUUGGGGUUGAUUCGUUAUGUGUUGCACGAGGAGAAGAUCCAGGAAGUGGUGGAUAGUUUUCAGUUCCUGGUGAAAGACAGUAAACCAAACGUGGUCAGUGACAACGUCUUCCAUAUUCAGUGGUCUCUCAUCAGCUUUAAAUAUACCAGCUAUAACGUCAGUGAGAAGGCCGGGUCUGUCAGCGUCACAGUGCAGAGGACUGGGAACCUGAACCAGUACGCCAUCGUCCUGUGUCGCACGGAACAAGGCACAGCAAGCUCGAGCUCCAGGGUCAGCUCUCAUCCUGGACAUCAGGACUACAUGGAGUAUGCUGGUCAGGUGCAGUUUGAUGAACGAGAGGACACCAAGUCCUGUACCAUCGUCAUCAACGACGAUGACGUAUAUGAGAAUAUUGAAAGCUUCACUGUGGAGCUCAGCAUGCCAGCCUAUGCCCUGCUAGGAGAGUUCACCCAGGCGAAGGUCAUUAUCAAUGACCCCGAAGAUGAGCCCACAUUAGAGUUUGAUAAGAAGUCCUACCGGGUCAACGAGAGCGCUGGGUUUCUGUUUGCACCUAUUGAAAGAAAAGGAGACUCAAGCAGCGUUGUGUCUGCCAUUUGCUACACAGUCCCUAAGUCAGCCAUGGGGAGUAGCCUGUAUGCCCUGGAAUCAGGUUCUGAUUUUAAGUCCAGAGGCAGGUCUGCUGAGAGUCGUGUGACAUUCGGACCUGGUGUCACCAUGUCCACCUGCGAUGUCAUGGUCAUUGAUGACAGCGAGUAUGAAGAGGAAGAGGAGUUUGAGAUAGCCCUGGCUGAUGCUUCUGGCAAUGCCCGCAUUGGAAGGCUGGCAAUGGCUAAGGUCUUCAUUAGUGGUCCCAAUGAUGCCUCGACUGUCUCCCUGGGCAACACAGCUUUCACCAUCAGUGAGGAUGCAGGCACAGUGAAGAUUCCAGUUAUCCGUCAUGGCACUGACCUUUCCACCUUCACGUCCGUCUGGUGUGCCACACGACCCUCGGACCCAGCUUCUGCCACUCCAGGAGUUGACUAUGUGCCCAGCUCAAGGAAAGUAGAAUUUGGGCCAGGUAUCACUGAACAGUUCUGCACCUUAACUAUCUUGGAUGACGCGCAAUACCCAGUAAUUGAAGGACUGGAGACAUUUGUGGUUUUCCUCAGUGCAGCGCAAGGAGCAGAACUAACCAAACCCUUCCAGGCUGUCAUUGCAAUUAAUGACACAUUCCAGGAUGUUCCCAGCAUGCAGUUUGCCAAGGAUCUGCUUCUAGUGAAGGAGAAGGAGGGCGUCCUGCACAUUCCCGUCAUCCGGAGCGGGGACCUGAGCUACGAGUCGUCAGUGAGGUGCUACACCCAGAGCCACUCAGCUCGGGUCAUGGAGGACUUUGAGGAGAGAAGAAACGCCGACUCUUCACGGAUUACGUUUCUGAAAGGGGAGAAGAUGAAGAACUGCACUGUAUACAUCCAUGAUGACUCCAUGUUUGAGCCUGAGGAGCAGUUCAAGGUUUACCUUGGCCAUCCUCUUGGAAACCACUGGAGUGGAGCCAGAGUUGGGAAGAACAGUGUGGCCACUGUCACCAUAUCCAAUGACGAAGAUGCCCCCACCAUUGAGUUUGAAGAAGCUGCUUACCAAGUCCGGGAACCUGCAGGGCCGGAUGCCAUUGCAGUUCUGAGCAUCAAGGUCAUCCGCAGAGGCGAUCAGAACAGGACCUCCAAGAUCCGCUGCAGCACGCGCGACGGCUCUGCUCAGUCUGGUGUGGAUUAUUACCCCAAGAGCCGGGUCUUGAAAUUCAGUCCUGGUGUGGAUCACAUCUUCUUCAAAGUCGAGAUCCUGUCCAAUGAAGAUCGGGAAUGGCAUGAAUCCUUCUCUCUGGUCCUUGGCCCGGAUGAUCCCGUGGAGGCGGUACUUGGGGACGUGACCACUGCUACGGUGACAAUCCUAGACCAGGAGGCUGCAGGGAGCCUCAUAUUGCCAGCACCGCCCAUUGUGGUCACCCUUGCCGACUAUGAUCACGUGGAAGAGGUGACAAAGGAGGGAGUCAAGAAAGCGCCAUCUCCAGGCUACCCGCUGAUCUGUGUCACUCCCUGUGACCCCCACUUCCCAAGGUAUGCCGUCAUGAAGGACCGCUGCAGCGAGGCUGGCAUCAACCAAACAUCUGUGCAGUUCAGCUGGGAAGUGGCUGCUCCCACGGAUGGCAACGGGGCUCGGUCUCCCUUUGAGACCAUCACUGAUAACACACCAUUCACGAGCGUCAACCACAAGGUCCUAGACAGCAUUUACUUCAGCCGGAGGUUCCAUGUUCGUUGUGUGGCAAAGGCUGUGGACAAGGUGGGCCAUGCCGGGACCCCCUUGAGAAGCAAUGUGGUUACCAUUGGGACAGACAGUGCCAUCUGCCACACCCCGGUGGUGGCUGGGACAGCGCGAGGCUUCCAGGCACAGUCCUUCAUUGCAACCUUGAAAUACUUGGACGUCAAACACAAAGAGCAUCCGAACAGAAUCCACAUCUCCGUGCAGAUCCCCCACCAGGACGGAAUGCUGCCGCUAAUCUCCACCGUGCCCUUGCACAACCUGCAUUUUCUGUUGUCGGAGUCCAUCUACAGACACCAGCAUGUCUGCUCCAACUUGGUCACCGCCCAUGACCUGCGAGGCCUCUCAGAGACAGGGUUCCUGGAUGAUUCGGGUUUCCACAGCACUGCCCUGGGACCCGGCUAUGACCGCCCCUUCCAGUUUGACCCCAGUGUACGGGAGCCCAAGUCCAUCCAGCUGUACCGACACCUGAACCUCAAGAGCUGUGUGUGGACCUUUGACGCGUACUAUGACAUGACAGAACUCAUCGACGUGUGCGGGGGCUCCGUGACUGCCGACUUCCAGGUGAGGGAUUCCGCUCAGUCAUUCUUGACAGUGCAUGUGCCGCUCUACGUGUCCUACAUCUAUGUGACGGCCCCCAGGGGCUGGGCCUCCUUGGAGCACCACACGGAGAUGGAGUUCUCCUUCUUCUACGACACGGUUCUCUGGAGGACAGGGAUCCAGACAGACAGCGUGCUCUCUGCAAGACUUCAGAUAAUAAGGAUCUACAUUAGAGAGGAUGGUCGUCUCGUCAUUGAGUUCAAGACCCAUGCCAAAUUCAGAGGACAGUUUGUGAUGCAGCAUCACACUCUCCCAGACGUGAAGUCCUUCAUCCUGACUCCGGACCACCUAGGAGGAAUUCAGUUUGACCUGCAGCUCCUGUGGAGUGCUCAGACGUUUGAUUCUCCACAUCAGCUCUGGAGAGCUACGAGCUCCUACAACAGAAAGGACUACUCGGGGGAAUAUAGCAUCUACCUGAUCCCUUGCACCGUGCAGCCCACACAGCCAUGGGUGGACCCAGGAGAGAAGUCUCUGGCGUGCACUGCACAUGCCCCAGAAAGGUUCCUGAUACCCAUCGCGUUCCAGCAGACCAACCGUCCGGUGCCGGUUGUGUAUUCGCUCAACACCGAAUUUCAGCUCUGUAAUAACGAGAAGGUGUUCUUGAUGGACCCCAGCACAUCUGACAUGUCGCUGGCCGAGAUGGACUACAAAGGGGCCUUCUCCAAAGGUCAGAUCUUGUAUGGCCGCGUCCUCUGGAAUCCAGAACAAAACCUUCAUUCUGCUUACAAACUGCAGCUGGAGAAAGUCUACCUCUGUACUGGCAAGGAUGGCUACGUGCCUUUCUUUGAUCCGACCGGGACAAUCUACAACGAAGGGCCACAGUAUGGAUGCAUUCAGCCAAACAAGCAUCUGAAGCACAGAUUCCUGCUGCUGGACCGCAGCCAGCCGGAGGUCACUGACAAGGUCUUCCACGAUGUGGCCUUUGAAGCCCACUUUGCUUCCGAGUUGCCCGAUUUCCACGUGGUCAGCAACAUGCCAGGUGUGGAUGGAUUCACCCUCAAAGUAGAUGCCCUGUAUAAGGUGGAAGCAGGACACCAGUGGUAUCUCCAGGUGAUCUACAUCAUCGGCCCUGACAGUGUCUCAAGGCCCCGGGUCCAGCGCUCUCUCACAGCCUCUCUGAGGCGCCACCCACGGGACCUUGUGGACCCCAGUGGCUGGUUGGCUCUUGAUGACUCUCUCAUCUAUGACAACGAAGGGGACCAAGUCAAAAAUGGUACCAACAUGAAGUCCCUGAAUCUGGAGAUGCAGGAGCCCAUUGUAGCUGCUUCCCUGUCCCAAACUGGAGCCUCGAUUGGCAGUGCCCUGGCUGCUAUCAUGCUUCUCCUUCUGCUGUUUCUGGUGGCCUGUUUCAUCACCAGGAAAUGCCAGAAACAAAAGAAGAAACAGCCUGCAGAGGACACUCUAGAGGAAUACCCCCUGAAUACCAAGGUGGAUGUGGCCAAGAGAAACCCAGACAGGGUGGAGAAGAAUGUCAACAGACAGUACUGUACCGUGCGCAAUGUCAACAUACUGAGUGACAGCGAGGGCUCCUAUACAUUCAAAGGUGCUAAAGUAAAAAAAAUGAAUCUGGAAGUCACAGUCCACAACAAUUUACAAGAUGGAACGGAAGUUUAAUAGGAAGACCCACGUGUACUUUUUUUUUUUCUAAAGUCAUUUUUAUAAAACGGGGAGAGAUACUGGUAUUUUUAUAAUCUUUCAGAUUAAAAAGGGAAAGCUAGCUUCGAGUGGCAGACAGCACGCAUUGCAUGCAUCGACUCGCAACUGAGCUACCUCGUGGGACAGAACCGCUGAGACCCCUAGAGUAUCGGAGCAGAGCUAGGCCGGCAGGUCCCUGUGAGGGCCGCAGUGGCCGCACAGGGUGACUCUGGCAGGCUGACCGCAGAAGUGUUUUAGAAUUAGGACAGACGCUGAGCAAUUAGCUUCGCUGAUAGAAUCGAGAAAGCUGGGCUCGGUGGGUAGCAGAGAGCUGAGAGCACACACAGAGCCUCCUUUGGUUUCUUCCUCUGUCCCCAGGUUUCUGCUGUGUGGGCUUUUCUGGACUUCUAGACAGCAGAACACAGACUGCUGACACAUAAAUUCCAUUUAAAAAAAAUUCUAAUUGGCACAGCUUAGACAUUUGUGCAUUGUUUCCACUUACUGCCCUUUGCACCCCGGCCUCGAGCCCUUUUUGGAUGAGGAUAUCAACAUGCUGGAGACUGGACAUGUCUGUAGGUACUUCAAAGAGGGAGGGACUCAUGCCAGGGCAAUGAGGAGUGCUGCAAAGUAGCACGGCCUUUGCAUGCCAGGAUCCUUUUAGACAUCAGCCCCACGUCCCCAGGCUUCCUGUGGUGCCUCAGUGGAACGGGAGCUUGCUCGUGUUUUGGGUUUUUAAUUCUCUUAGUGUUUCUGGAAAGAAAGUGAAUUAUUUGAAAAAGCAGAUUUGCUCAAAGUUGGAAUGAGACCAGUGUUAACAGAUACACUUGGGGCCUGUUCGCUGUGUGUCACCCAGCAGAUAGAAGCACUGUCCCUGGGGCGAUACUCCAGGGACUUCUCUCUGGGGGUUCUUUUCUGGUAGCUCAGGUGCUUAAUUUCCCCAUAUCAGUCCAUGACGAUGCCACAGGCACGUGGCUUUCACAUAACAUAGUGUUCAGAUAUCAACUUGAAGAUCCUGUGUGUAGAAUGCACACGACUUGCCUUUGUUUUCUUUCUGUUUCUGCCUUACUGGCAAAACCUUAAGUGUGCACAUUGUGUUUUUAACCAGGGGCACAAUUCCGUUAGCCAGAAGUGAAUGCUGUUCCAGUGCAGGCACAGCCUAUCACCGAGCAAAUAUGGUAGCAUCUGCCUUGUGUGGUCUUUGUACGGGAAAUGACCCUAACUCCUUGAGAACAUUCCAUACUCCUCCUAAAGUUGAGAAAGAACGAACCAUGAACAUUUUGCAGGCAGCUCUGCAAACCCCAAACCCAAGAGCAGAGCCUCUGUAUGUGCCAUGCCUCUUCAUUCUUCAACAGUGCCUUACAAGCACGCCAGAAAUGUUUGUGGAGUGAAAGAAUGGCCGGUGUGUGGGGUGAGUGAUGGGGGUGAUGCUGAGGGAGAGGAGGCAAGAGAGUAUGCUGUCAGUAUCACAGGGCAUGUACAAAUGGUCUCUCUUACAUGUGGACUGUGAGAGAGCCCUCUACCGGGGAGGGGAGAAAGCACACUUUUAGGCGGUAUGACAGACAACUGGAAGUUCUGAGGAGGCGAGACUAGAAGAGAUUGAAAGAAUGCGUGCUGGCACCCAAAGCAGGAGAUCUGGGGGAAAGCCAACCACACCUUUUGCAAGCAAUGCAGUGCGUUUAGGAGAGGGGAGGUUGGCUGAGCCCAAAAAUUCCUGGCUGGUCAGGUGCUCCACAGCUUGCCUAAUUCAGGGCAGAAAUCCAGGAAUGGCCUCCAGAAUCUGGGAUGGAUACCCACCACAUUCGGCAAAGCUGACGGGCCAGGCACUGAAGGAAUCUCCAGGACAGCCUUGAGGGCUAGAGCAAGGACAGGACAGGGAGUCACUCACGUGUAGAGCAGCUUCCCACCCAGCCCGUUCCUGGUCACACCUUCCGCUGCCAGGAUGAUCGCACAGUAGAGCAGUGACUUUCUAUGGGCUCCUCGCACACGCGUGUACCCCCAGUGGGAUACAUACAUAUGAAGAGGUGACGGAAAGUGGGCAGUGACAGACGUCAAGCCUGUGCGGACCUGCCCAUGGCGAGCUCUUGGUGAGAGAAAAGCCCUUGAAAUAGCCUGGCCUCCCCGUCUCGCUGUAGACACUUCAUUAGAACCCCACCCUUCUCUGGUGGAUGCCCACUCCGUAAGCAGGAAGUGUUAAGAGAUGUAUAGCUGAGAUUUGCCCCGCUGGUGUCUGAAUUGUUCAUUUCAUUUACGGUUUUUACUUCAUCUUUGGGCUUGGAUAAUUGGAUGACUAAUGUAGAGUCUAUUUCGGUGAAAGCUCUGCUUUCAGCAUUUCUUACUUAUUCACUAAUGCCUUUGUGUGUGUUUUACUAACCUUUUAUAUCACACCUGCAGGUGAGAGGGAGCAGAAAAUCCCUCAGCAGGGUGGCUCCUUGCUGCCAGGUGCUGGCUCUGAAGGUCAAAAGAAGUCAUUGUCCCGCACCAUUUUUCUGCCUUGCCUGCUCCUUUGUUGUACCAGGGUCUUUGGAAAGGCCCUGCAGGUUCCUGUUGUUGGAUGGGAAAUUGUGUGGGGAAAGUGUUUGCACAGUCCUAACAAUAAGCACUCUCACUCUCCUGUGGGUAUUUGUGAUUCCUGGUUAUUUCUCACCCGCUCAGACCGAGGAAAACAUUUGUGGUGCUGUCAACCUGAGUUCUUGACCCUCAGAUGAUUUUUGUAUUUCCAGUAUGAAUUUGUGUGUUAUGAAUUUCUGAUUUCUCCAAUAGCAUAUGCCACUAUAUGAAUUUGUAUCAAUAAUAAAUGGCAGCCUUGUUGUCUUUUGUUUGCUGUA